UAUCCUUAGUUCUUGGACUUGGUAUCUUCAUCGCUAGCAAUUAUUAUUUCUCUCGCGCAUUAUCGACCUAAAAGCAGCCCACCCGGCAAGCGACGCUUACUAUUGGCAAUCGGCUCAACCUCUCCUCCGUUACACUGGCAUUCCCAGGGGAUGACCGGGAAUUUGGAAUAGCGUCCAUUCCUCGAGCUAUUCCAUCAUCAUCAUCACCCUCGUCCCAUCCACUCGCUCAUUUCUCUCUCGUCCUAGCUCUCACCUGUAUUGGCUCUUCGGUGUAGGUGUCGGAUCGGCUGUCACUCCUUUACACUGUGAACUUCGACUAUCGGAUCUCCACCCCCUACGAUCGCCUUGACUGUCGCUCUCUACACACCGCCGUCACACCAUCAUGAACCGAUUUCGCAAGACAAAGAAGGAGAAGGUGAGGGAAGAUGGCGAGAACUCCGAAGCCAGCUCGGUCAGCCUCAGCUCUAUGUUGUCAAAGAAGUCCAAGAAGGAGGAACCCGAGGAAAAGCAAGACUUCGACCUUUCCAAUGCAUUACCCUCGACCGACGACUUUCGCACCAGUCUCCUGAUGCCCAAAUUAUCCGCACGAUUCAGCAUGUUGAGGGAACAAGACGAUCCGGAAUCAAUGAUCGGAAAAGCCAGCGACGACAGUGUGCUCUUCCCCCGGCGUGCUUCGCGAUUGAACCUCUUUGGCCACAACCCCAGCCUCCUGUCGGACAUUGACGAGGUUUCCAUUGACGGCAGUCGGCCGUCGAUGAACCUUGGGCGCACUCACUCUCUCGCCUCGGAAAGCAAUAAUGGAUAUGGUACGGACGACGAUCCUUCCCAGCAGGGCAGCAUUAUGAGCCGGGCUCGUCGAGCCGAGGGCAACAACUUGUUCGGUGGACGACAAAAGGUGUACAAGAUACCCUCCUCCAAGACGACCUCAGGAGGGAACACAGAAUCCGGACGAAUGGGGGGCCGUGCGCUAUAUGACCAUGAUUUAACCAUGUCAUCAUUCCAACGACUGAAGAUAGCCGAGCGCGAAAAUGCGGCGACUGAGGACACACCGCAGGACAGUCCGACCCAGGAAUCAGAGGAUGCACUAUCGAGCGCUGGCUCCACAAAGCGAACAACUUUCUCCUCAACGGCAUCUGGGCCCAUUUCGAAUGGGCGUACAUCAACAGCGGCAACAUCUUUCGACGAGCAAUCUUUCAUCGCACCUCCGUCGCAAACAAAUUCGGCGGACACGCAAGCCUCCCAGUCUAAGCCGCCAGUGCCGAACAUGGCUCCUGAGCGUGGCUCGGUCAAAGCCCGCCGUCUGUAUGGACAAGGUUUGGCACAGUCAGCGCAGAACCAGCAGACCUCCACCUUGCAACGACUAGAAAGCCUGAGCCGCCAGCGCGGAGCGGGUCCAGAAUUGCCUCCCCUGAGCCGUGCCUUUUCUAGAAGCGCCACGAACUUACGCGACAGGCUGCAGCCACUCACUAUUGCCGAACCGGCCGGCACCAAGUCGCGGCCGACAAGCCCUCCCUCGCUGCCCAGGUCGCCAGAACAGUCUGCCCGAUUGAAUCCCAGGGAACCGCAAACUCAAGCAGAUUCUGCGUACGGUGCCCCUCCGCUGAGUCCUCCCGCCAGCGAGAAUGAGGAUAAAGCCCCCCUGAUGGCCGCUCUGAACCCGGAAGACCAUGGGAAAGCCACAGCAGCCGGCCUAUUCAAUAAACCCAACAGCAUGUUUGAUGAGAGCCAGUUUACACGACGUCAGUUGCAAAUGCAUCAGGGAAGAAGCACGCCGCCUCAAGGGCGGCUACCUCCCCUGCCUGUCCAGGCUAUCCCCCAAGAGCGCGCCGGCCGUGCCAGAGGGCUUUCCAACACGAGCUAUGUGUCCAGACCAGGCUCUGCAUCUUCUCACUAUAGCGAAGCUCAACGGCCAGGCAGCCGAUCCGCGGUCAACUCCCCUCCCACAAGAAAUGACAAUGGCACGUUCUUCUCCAAUUCCAGUCCUAGUGACUCGGAGGAUGACGGCGGUGCUUCCCGCUACGCCACUGACGAGAUCCACCCCGCGCUUCGGCCGGAGACACCCUCCAAACCAUCCACUCCCACUAGUGAGCACCGGAGCCCUUUGCCUGAAGUCAGGUACUCGGAUCUUGGUGACCUGAAGCCUAUCGCGGAGAAUGAAACUAUUGAGAGUGGACUCGAUGAUGAUGGCGGCCUUCCUGAGAAGCCCGAUUCACCCACAUUGGGACCGGCUGGCCUGGGUCUGAGCGGCCUCGUUCGUACUCACUUACGAUCCAACAGUGACAGAUCGUCCAUUUACCCGCCUCCUUCUCCUGGCCUUCCUUCAAAGCCUACGGACACCGAUAUCCCAGAGGAGCCGGUUCUGCAGAACCAUGCGGGUGCCCAGAACAGUGCACACUGGCAGAACGAGCUUAUUGCUAGACACAGACGCGAAGGUAGCACGGAGACACAGAGGGAGCGCGAAGAAUUUGCCAAUGAGUUGGCCGAGAGGCGCAGGAAAGUGCAGGAGAAGCUUCGAGGAUUUGCAGAGGGAGAAAGCCGGUCGGCCAGCCCUGUUUCAGGCCGUCAGACCCCGGAUUUCACCCCAAGCAAACCCGGAAAUGCCUUUGCCUUCCUGAAGAACAAAUCAGGAAAGCAGCAUCUGAAGGGUGCAAGGGGCCUCAACCUUGCUAAUGCAUCCACCCCGGCUUUGGUCUCGGACGACAUGUGGCGCGAAGAAGAGGAGAGACCAUCGUUCAACUUUGCGAAGCACUCCAACUCCAGCUCGCCACAUAUCGCUGGAGAAAGAUCCUUCCGCUCCAAAGUCUUCGGACGCAGCAGCCAGGAAGAUUCUCGCGAGUCCAGCCGCAGCCGCGGUGCAUCUCCGCACUCCAGCUUCCGUUCUCGCCGGGACCGUUCGACCUCGGAUGCCUCUGGUCGUUCCAAGAGUCGCACGCGGCGAGACAGAGAUGGACUGGAGACCCUGGAAGAGGUCGCUCACGGUGUUCACAGGCCGUACGCGUUCCCUGAUUAUGACCAACAUGGUCAGGCUUCUGUCCCAGCUUCCACUCGUGCCUCUGCCGAAGUUAGCGAACCCGUCACGUACGAUCGGUCCGCUUCUGCCGCUUCGGGAAGAUACCGUAGCGACAGUCGAUCUGCGGUCUCGAGCUACCACGAACGCCCCUUUUAUCCUCCAGCUCCAGCUGCUAGCACUACCUCCCUGAUCGGUGCUGCUGCCCCACGGCCUUCGCCUAUCGCCCCCUAUUCUGCCAAUGCCACACCACCUUUGGAGGAUAUGUCUCAAGGCCAUUCGUUAACCCCGGUGACCACCAAUAGCUCUACCACUGCACCUCCCCCGCGAGCUCCGGGUCAUAACGCUCUCCACAAGCGACCAGUCACCAAGGCGCUGAUCUCCGAACCAAGAUUCGUCUCCUGCACUUCGAACGUACCGACCGUUGGUCUCCCUCCCGGCGCGAGCUUGAGCAAUGGCAGGGAAACGCCUCCAGUCCCCCCUAUGAAUCCUCGCCGCCGCCGCCAGACCACCACACAGACUAUCCUUGGCGCCCUGAAGGGUGAAAGACACGAGUCGCAGUAUGCGCCAUCGCUCGACGCAGCCAUGAUGGAAGAAACCAGCAAUUUCUCCGACGAUGGCGAGAAGCGGCCCAGAUCCCGUGCCCGACUACGCAAAACGUCCAGCGAGGGAGGCAACCUGAACGCAAAGGCGCGGCAGCAGCUUCAACACCUGAUGUCUGAGGCACCGCCAGCCGUUCCUUCAUAUCCACCACCAAAGAUUCCCAUGGAUGGAGGCAUGUUCUAAUCCUCAUCCUCAAAUCACGAACCUCAUUCAAUCCUUUCUUACUCACUUGUCCCUUCCUUCCCUAUUUCCCUUUUCCUUUUCAUCCUCUAUCUCCUUCCUUCA